AUGGAACUGGAGAAGUUUGUUAAGGCAACCUACACUCUAGAGGGGGAUGGUCACUUGAUAUUUAUCGCCUUUCAGAAGCUUGAAGAGCUCCGAGCUCUUAUUCACGCACACAAUUUUCCAGUUAUCCUAGGUGUGGUUCAAGAACUGUUUCCUCUGAACAUUGGCGACCAGCGAAGAUGGUACCAGUAUGGCCUAAGGGAGUGUGUGAUGCCUGCCUUUCAGUAUUUUCUGAACACUUUGGCAAAUGACUUGGUAGUCUCCUGCACUGUGAAAGUGUUCUGUGCUGCACAGCUUUUCAGUCCACGAGCAGUCAGCGUAUCCGACCCACACCUGCUGACAUCGAAAGGAUAAGAGAUGUGCCGUUUUUGAACACCAAUGAUGUAAUCCAGUCACUAAAAGAUCAGCUCCCCAGUAGUAAUAGUGGCUACACUAGGUCCUGA